AUGGCCGACUCGACGGGACUGAAUGCGGUGGAGAAAAUCACGCUCUUCAGCGCUUGGGCACUGAUUCGGAAGGAUCUGGAUAUUCACGGCCGAAACAUGCUGUUGCUACUUUUUCAAAAGCAUCCGCACUACGUGGGAUAUUUCGACUUCACGGACGAUACGGCGGCCCACACGCUGGUGGACAACAAGUCGCUGUUCGGGCAGGCGAUCCACGUGAUCAAAACCUUCGGCUCGCUGAUCGAGUACGGCUUGAAGGACCCGGCGCUGUUCGAUGAGACGCUGAAGAAAAUCACCCGCCUCCACGAGGGUCGGAACGUUUUCGGCGGCGACGUUCUCGUCAUCGGCGACGUGCUGCUCGACUAUCUCGGCCAGGUGCUCGGCACUCAGGCAUCCGGUUUACUUCCCGCCGCCGUCCGGAAGCUGUUCGGAACCAUCGCGGCACGGUUUCCGGUGCCGCCACAAUAG